CACAAAGAAAACCAUUUUUUGAUUGAUACAUUCUGAAUCAAGAUUUGAAUGUUUUUUCUAAAACAAACAUGGCCGCCAAAUGGCCGUUCUGGAAUGAUGCCUUCCAGAGCCUUAAAAGAUCACAUAAUCCUUUUGCAAACCCGCUGUUUUUUUUUGUAUUAAGCGUUUUAUUGAAGUCUAAACAAACUACAAAAACAAAUUACGCUCAACCCCCGGUGGUUGAUCACUUUUACGUUUGACACUUUUUUAGUUUGUACCCCGUUGGUUGGUCAAAGUCAAACCAAAAAGUGACGAACUGUCACUUUUUACACGGCGCUCACGCACACUAUCGAAACAAACGUUUGGUAGUGUGGGUGAACUCCGUGUAAAAGGGGUGUCAAACUAAAACGUGACCCCGUUCGUUUGACAACAGUUGGUGUCAAACCAUCGGGGUUUGAGUGUACUUCCAACUCCUAACCACGUGGCACUUUAUUUUACUUUAUUUUACUAUAAGGGGUUACAUACAUGUAGAAAAUCACAAAAUUUCAUGUUACAGAAAAUGUAUUAAUUCCUCUUAAAAGAUGAAUUUCAUUCACUCCUGAAAGUUUCAUGAAGAUAUUUCAUGAUUUAACUGAGUUAGAGACGAUUUAAGCUCAGAAUUUUGCCAUGCGCAAAGCAAACUGUCUAACUUUCUGAGCGAUUUUCUCUAAGCACCGAGUUGAUUUACGGGUGCCACGAUAUCUCGAGAUGGGACGGACCAAAUUGGCUGAAAUUUUGGGUGAAGACUCCCAAGACAUAUCCCGUGUGCAUGACGAAGCCUGAUUUUGAAAUUUUGAAUUUUCAAAAAAUACAAAAAUCAAAAACUGGCGAUUUUUUAUAUGAAAACAGAAAAAUAUUUUUACCUUUUUUUUAAUAAACUUUUUGAAAAUCGGCCUUCGUCAUGCACACGGGACCGGUUUAACGAGUCUUCACCAAAAUUUUGAGCCGAUUUGGUCGAAGCAAUGUUGAGAUAUCGUGGCACCCGUUUUUUGAAACGGCUAACUUCAAAUAGCUAUAUCUCGGCAAUGAUACAACCAAAUGUCUUCAAAUUUGUUUUGUUAAUAGAUGAAAAUGUAUAUUUUAAUGCCAUGCAAACAGAUUUUGAAAAAAGUUUAAGUGUGUGCUCAAACCAACCUGUAACAUUUUUGCCGAUUUACAUGUAUAAAAAAAACGAAGCUAUUGGCACUACGCCCCCCGGGGCAUGGCCUUCCUCUAACGUGGGAUUUCUGCUCCAGCGCCUCUGACGAGACAGGAGAAACCGGGACCGACGUUUUACUUCACCAUCCGAUAGAAGCUCAGUGGAUAAGGCGGGAAUCGAACCCGCGUCUCAUAGCAUCAUCGGGAUCGGCAGCCGAAGCCGCUACCCCUGCGCCACGAGACCCACGAUUUACAUGUAUGUAACCCCUUAAUUUACUGUGUUCUUGCAUGAUCUUGUUGCUCGAUUGGAACCCCGAUUUGACAGUUCGAUUGGAACCCUGAGAGUAACAUUUCGCCUCUCCAUAUAUGCUCUCUAGAUUAAACAGGCCACGCGCUAGAUUUUCAAUCCAGUGGUCGCUACACCCCGUUCGUACUCAAAAACACUUGCAGAUUGUAGAGCUGCCCAACAAGACACUACAAACAGUCGUAAAUCAUUGGACGAAUUUUACAAAAAUCCUGAUCAUUAAAAAAGAGAAAACAUAACUAGGGACCAUCCACAAACCACGUGGACACUUUUCCGAUCGAUGACACGCUCCAUGAUCAGGUGAAAAGGAUCCACUGGCGUUGCUUAAGUACGAUGUUGGCAGUUCGAGGAAAUUAAAACAUAUCGCUGAUUAAGAGGUGACCCAAGUAGCACUCAUAACUUGUCGACUGUUGAAUAAUAGUUAGACAGCUGUUUUGGAUGAACAUACGAGAAAAAAUGUCAACGUUAGUUACAUAUCAGUUUGUUUCACUACUUGUAUAACUGACUUAUGUAACUCAUGAGAUGUGUGCUAUACAAGUGUUAAAACACAGUCAACUUCACUCUUUUCCAACUUUUACACACAACAUAGGCAAUAUGCACUCGCUCCUAACUCCAUCCAAUUUGCUGAUUUUCACUAUUAAAACAAUUUAUUUUGGAACACUUUUGAUAGAAACUUACUUGCUCACUUCCUAUUGAGCUAUUUAUCACUUUAUUUCACUCGAAAACACUUUUUAUGAGCUGUAAUUGAACGUCAAAGUGCUGAUAUGCCAAGAUGCUGUUCCCUCAUCUGCAAUGUUUUACUCGAAAACAGUUUGUUGAAUAAAAACAAUAUUGCACUGUUUGUUUCACUGCUUAUCUAACAUUGUCAUGUGACGGCAUCUUCUGAAAAAUGGGCGUGGCCAACCAUUCUAUAAAUAACUUCAGGUUUUCUCGCUUUGUUACACAAAUGUUAUCGGAGCAUAGAUUAUAUAACUGAUGCUCAACAUACAUAUUCAACUUGACAUUGCGUGUUGUUAGGUGGUGUAAAUUUGUACAUGAGGAAUUAAGAGUUUCAAUAAUGUUUUUUUAUUGAAGAUUACAAUAGUUUUGAUUGUUGACCGAUUAAUUUGUAAACAUAUCGCUGGUAAAAGCUACAAAAAUUAUCAGCUUAUAGAGUUUAUGAUAGAGAAAACAACAAAUCAAAAUCAUACCGAUUUUCAAUAUUACUCCGUGGUACGGUAAUCGAAAUGACAGUUGAAACGGUUUGUUAUAACAAAGUUAUAUAGUGGAGUUAUAAAAACUGAUUUGAAACAAACUUAUAUAACUUCAAUUCCAAUGACAGCCUUCGUUGGAGUUAAGUUCUUUAGCUAACAAAACAGACAGCAGCCUUCUUAUUGACGCUUGGGCCAGCUUGUUUACUAUGAAGCCUCGUGGAGAGAUGUGGAAGCGCGCCUGGACCUGCCGUGGAGAUAACAACAAAUCGUCGAAGUCAUCGGAUCGAAUCUUGGGACAGAGGAAGUUCAUCAAAAAAGGAAAAUUUAAAAGUUCUCCAUGCAGGGAAUUUCACGCUAAUCACAUGCGUGCCAUGAUUGUUUUUCCUUUUUUCAAAAUUCAAUUUCGAAUAAUUUUAAAUAAAACUUGCAGAAACAAGCAUACAUUUUUUAUUAGCAUCGUCGUUGAUUGAAAUUCUAAUAAGAAACGUUUGUUUACAUGUAAGUUAGUCGACGGUUAGAUAGCUGUUUUCAAUCUAACUUUCCUUUCCAGUGUGCGCUUUGAUUUGACAGCACAGCCGUAAACCACGCCCCUUUUUUUCGUUGAAUCUCUUGUUAGAUGGCACAGUGUUGUCAAAUACAUUUGUACAACUUACUCUGAUAACUUGCAUCUUUUUCUGGCAAGUUAUACAACAGAAAAAAGUGCGCUUUUUCCAGUUCACAGGAGUUGUAGAACAAGUUGUGACAACGAGGCGGAUUGGUUAUACAACCAGUUAGGAAAUACGUUUAUCUGACAAAGUGUGCUGCUUGGGGAACGUGGUGGAAGAUCCGAGAGCUCUAUUUUAAUUCAAACCAGUCGUUAUAUUUCUGAUUGAUACAAUUAAAAAGAGAUUUAUUUCUGUUUGUCUAUGUUAUCUCUAUCUUUGUUUAUGAUCUUAGUCGUAAACUGUUUCUUAUCAAUUCUCGUUAUAAAACCCAGCCGUUUGGUCUACCGAUUUCUGAGAAUUGCUAUUUUCUGCAAAUUGCUGCACCUCCUACUGAUAUCGUUUAAUGAUAACUGUUCACGAAAGGUAUAAAAAUUACCCGAAAAAUGAAGAUUAGAAGUCAGUCAAAGAGUGAGUCAGUUUGUGAAAACAAGAAAGUAAAUUUGCGUUUUUAAAAUUUUCUAAAAGAAAGCAUUUUUCAAGUAUGCUGAACGCGCAAGGACUUAGAAUUAUACUAUGUGCUACAAUAGUCUUCAACAUAACUUACAGUGAUAAUUCGUUUUGUGUUUUUACAAAUGACCCAAUAACUCACCCAAAAAUGUAUGCUGACUAUCCAAAUUUGUGGAUGCUGGAUAUGAGCAAUCAAACUAACUUCGCGUUUCCACAAAGUCGAGUGUUACUAGCUCACAUAAAGUUGGCACGCUUCCACUGCAACAACUGCUCAGUCAGUUCGAUCUACAAGGAAUCAUUCGCAAUGCUGCCUAAACUCACCCAUCUGGAGCUGGACCGGAACAAUCUGAGCUACAUUGACGCGGAUGCCUUUGAAAAAAAUCCUCUUCUGCAGAGAGUUCAAUUGGUUGGAAAUAAUCUGCUUAAAAUAAACUCUGAAGGAAUCUUAAGGCACGUGACUUUUUUAUCAUCUUUAAACUUGGAUUGGAAUCCCGGAUUUGACAUAAAUCAAGUCCAAGUUGAGCUUCCCUGGCUGCUAUACUUUAGCUGCAAGCAUUGUAACACUUCGUUUGUGGACAAAUCAACGAUGAAGCGAUGGCAACGACUUGGAUAUCUUUAUCUAUCGGACAAUCACAUCGAUAGAGUCGAGUUCGACGCAUUCCUGGAUAUGCCGAGGUUCAAACUACUGAACGUUGAUAGAAACCGUGGAUUGACUAAUUUAACAAUUCAAUCGAAAACAUUGCUAACAUUAAGUGCGGAAGGCUGUGGCUUAGAAGGAAUACUGGAUACAUCAAAUUUGAAGGCGUUGGAGUUUUUAAAUGUGAGAAGGAAUAAUAUUUCCAACAUAUAUGAACGUGGGUUUGAGAGUAACAAUAAUAUGCAAACAAUACUGCUAGAUGAUAACCUGAUCGAGAAGAUUCCUGAGAAGCUGUUGAGCAUUACAUUGUAUAAAUUAGACACUCUGUGCAUAGAUCGCAAUCCAUUGCAACCAAGUGAGCUUUUGGAAGAAUUCAAUACGAAAUACUCAUCAAAGAGACUUCGUCGUGGAUGCCUAAAUGACCAAAACCCAACAAAGGCAUUUGAAUACAUACUACCAACACAAAAUGGAGUGGCGCUUUAUACAAAACAAGCAACCGUACACGUGUAUCAAGAAAUUGCUAAACUGGAACACUAUUCACAGGACGUUGUGUACAUAGAAGAAGAUUACUUUGCGGAAAAUAGUAAAGUCUCAUCGGUGAUUCUUGAUCAUAACAGUCGAUAUGAUUUCCCUAAGAAUCAAUCGUUUCUCAAAAGUGAGUACAUUAAACAUGUUUCACUGGUCAACUGUUCUAUAAGCGGCAUUUAUGAACAAACGUUCAAGAAAUUGCCCAACUUGAAAUCAAUUAACUUGAAAGGAAACAUGAUUUCAUCGUUAUAUUCCGCAACACUUUUUAAUCAUAACCCGGACCUAGAGAGUGUAAACCUGGCCAACAAUUUGGUGAAAUUAAUUGCAAUCAAUCUGUUUGAGCACCAUCAAUCGCUACAAUAUCUUAAUUUAAAUGGGAAUAAACAUCUGUCAAGCAAACCAGGAAACCUAUUUCUGUUCAGCCCGAGUCUGGAAACGUUGUUGUGUCAAUUCUGCAACUUUGUUCACAUUGAUAGCUUCAUGUUUCAGGGACUUCCAAACUUGAAGCAUCUAGAUCUAAGCAACAACAAGAUCACUAUUCUGCAGAAGAACGCUUUUAGCGCAAUGAUACAUUUGAAGCAUGUUGACUUGAGCAAUAACCAUCUAACGGCGUUUGGAUUGGAAUUGCAUUUGAUGAAGCAACUGGAUACUCUAUGUUUGUCGGGAAAUCUCAAAAUAACGCUUGAACCUGAAUAUGUUGGAGGAAUGAUGAGAAUGGCAAACAAAUUAGGGCAAUUGGAUUCAAAAUGUGAAGAUAAGACAUUCUUUCGAAACAUCACUGAAUUUUAUAGUUUCGAAAAUACUACAAACAAACCAGAGGAAAAGGAUGAUCCAAAACGUUAUGAAAAUAUAAUCAGCAGUGCAUCGAAAGUGAUUUUCCGUAGUGUUCAGUUUACAAUCAUUUUAGUUCAAAUUUACUACCAAUGGUUAGGCACGUAAUAUGCAGAAGUUUGAAUUAAAUCCAUAAUAUCACAAAAGCGUCGUGUGAAUGUUAUAUGUGACAAUAAUGUUUCACACGACUGGCUAGCGAAGACUGGACAAUUAUCACAGACAAGAAGGAUUGUCCAGUAACUCCUAUUCCUACCUCCCCGCGGUGCUAGCUGGGAUACGAGUUUCGAUUAGAUGAUUCGAAUAGAGUAGCAGGAUGGAACCACGCACGUAUGCUGACAGGAAAGGGGGCCAAUAAAAAGUGCAUAAGACGAGACGAACUUUAUGAAUACGCUGAAGUUGAGCCGGAAACUGAUGAAGUAGGACUUGUGUGUUAAAUCAAGGAACUGGACAAACGAAAGUAACUUCCCACAUGAUGCAGGGAUUUUAGAAGUAACCAGUUGAGAAGAUUUGAUGAUGUAAAAACUAAGAAAAAUAAAGUUGAAUAAAAUCAUAACAUGGACUUAAGUAAAAAUUCCAAAAUAUUAAUUGAAAACGU